AUGGCAACUCAAAUCGGCUGGUACGGCCUGGGCUCCAUGGGUCUCGCUAUGGCAACAAAUCUCCAACGCCAUCUCUCCUCAACCCAAGCCCUAAGCCUGCUCUACUCUAACCGCACGCUCUCCCGAGGCGAUAGCCUCCAACAACUCGGCGCCGUCCCUCAAUCAAAUUUCAAAGACCUCGUCUCAAGAUCAAACAUAAUCUUCACCAUGGUCUCAAACGAUGCUGUUUUAGAAUCUCUAAUCAACACUGCUAUUGAAAGUCCAGGGACGUCGAUUGCCUCCAAAAUCUUUAUUGAUUGCUCAACCGUUCAUCCGCAAACCAUCACAUCCAUUUCGAGCAGACUAUCAUCGAAAUCCGCCUCAUUUCUCUGCGCACCCGUCUUUGGAGGGAAUCCCGUCGCAACAGCGGGAAAACUAGUCUUUGCCCUUGCAGGCUCAACACCCGAAGUACGACACAAUAUCAUCAAACCCCUAAUCCAGGACGUAAUGGGCCGGAAAGUAAUUGACUGCGGCGAAGAUCCUGCAAAGUCUUCUCUACUCAAGAUCGCAGGAAAUAUUGUUACUGUCUCCCUGAUGGAGACCGUGGGUGAAGCACAGGUCUUUGCGGAAAAAACGGGGUUGGGAACGGAGGCGAUGGAGGAGUUGAUUAAUGAAGCUUUUGGGCCUAUUGCCGGGGGGUAUUCGAAACGAUUAACGACAGGCGCUUAUGCACCUGAGCUAAACACACGUCCUGGCUUCGGCGUAUCACUCGCCAUCAAAGACGCAAAUCACGCAUUGAGUAUUGCGCAAGAUAAGGGUGUAGAAUUGCCGUCCGUCGAACUUGCGAGGGACAAUAUGGCCUCUGCUAGGGAUUAUGCCGGGGAGUGUUUGGAUAGUUCGUCCAUGUACGGCAUACUAAGGCAAAAGGCUGGAUUGGCGUUUUGGAAUGAGAAGAGUAGACAGGGCGGCGGGAAGUAA